AUGGAUUCCGAUCAACAGUCCUCUGCAUUUUCGUUCUAUGAUGCUAGUCAGGAGAAUCUGUUGAAUUUUACGCCUUCGCAAGGAGACCUCAGUUCUACUAUCCUUCCUAUAGUGGAGACAGAGAGAGUAAAGGUGAUCUGGGGUACUACGAUAAACAUCCAAGAGACAUCCGAGCGGUUCAAGGAGUUUAUUAGAAAGAAUAGAGACUAUCAUGACGUUCUUGAGCAAAUGGAUCUUACUCAAGAGUUUGUGUUUGAUCUCAAUUGUGAAGAUCUUGAUCCAGAUCUUCGAAGUCAGCUUGCAACAUAUCCUCAGGAGAUGCUUCCGAUUCUCCAGGGAUCAUUACAGGAAAUAUAUGUGGAGAACUUUCCAAGCUUCAAUGGGACCAUCAGAAUCAGACCCUUUGGAAUAGGAAAGGCUCUCUCAAUAAGAAACAUCAAUCCAAAUGAUAUCGACAGGAUUGUGCAGAUUACGGGAAUGGUCAUCAGGUCGUCGUCUGUGAUUCCCGAGAUUGUAAGGGCUUUUUUCCGAUGCUCAAAGUGCAUGGAUGAGUGUUUUGUAGAAAGCAUAAGGAAUGUGAUUGAGGAGCCAAGCAAGUGCAAGUGUGGAGGGAAGUAUUCUCAGCAGUUAGUUCACAAUUCAAGUGAAUUUGAAGACAAGCAGAUAUCCAGGAUACAAGAACUCCCUGAGGGUAUUCCUGAUGGAACAACACCCAUGGCUAUGACAAUAGUCUGCAGAAACGAGUUUGUUGACGGGCUUGUUCCAGGAGAUAGAGUUAAGGUGAUAGGAAUUUUGAAAGCAACACCGGUGAGACUCAACCCUGUGAUGAAGAAAAUCAAGAGUACAUUCAGGACUUAUCUCGAUCUUCUCAGCUACGAGGUAAUGAAUAAGAAGGUCAAGGAACGGGAUCCCAUUUACAAGAUUGAUGAGCUUCGAAAAAACCCUAAAGUAUAUGAGGUGUUGGCGAAUUCUAUAGCACCCUCUGUGUGUGGAAUGGAAGACACAAAGAAGGCGUUGCUCCUUCAACUAUUUGGAGGAGUUCGAAAAGAAUUGGGCAGUUCAAGGCUUAGAGGAGACAUAAAUAUACUUCUUGCAGGGGAUCCAGGAAUAUCGAAAUCACAGCUACUGAGCUUUAUACAUAGAACGUCUGAAAGAGGGAUGUACACCAGUGGAAGAGGAUCAAGUGCAGUUGGACUGACGGCUAGUGUGGCUAAGGAUCCAGAUAGUGGGCAAUUUAUCCUGGAGUCUGGGGCUCUUGUCUUAUCUGAUAACGGAGUGUGUUGUAUCGAUGAAUUCGACAAGAUGAGCGAUAGCACAAGAAGUGUAUUGCAUGAGGUAAUGGAGCAGCAGACGGUGUCGGUUGCAAAGGCGGGAAUUAUAACCACAUUAAAUGCAAGAUGUUCCAUUCUUGCAAGCUGCAAUCCUAUUGAAAGCAAGUACAAUCCUCGGAAAAGCAUAAUUGAAAACAUCAAUCUUCCUCCCACCUUGCUAAGCAGAUUUGAUGUUGUGUGUUUGUUAAUAGAUAGAUCUGAUGAAUUCCAGGACAGAACCAUAGGAGACCAUAUUGUGUCUCUAUAUUCCGAGGAGAGGGGAAAAACGGAAUGUGUUGAUGCCGACCUUCUUAAGGCAUAUGUGAAGGAAGCAAGGAAGAUAGUUCCACGAUUGACGGCCGAAAGUAUGAGGUUGCUGACGCAAGCAUAUGUGGAUCUUAGGCAAAUGGACAAUGGAAAAACAAUAACCGCAACAACAAGACAAUUGGAAAGUUUAAUCCGCCUGAGUGAGGCACAUGCAAGGAUGAGGUUUUCAAGCACUGUCGAGGCAAAGGAUGUUAAAGAGGCAGUGAGAAUAAUAAGAGAAAGCCUUCUUAUGUAUGCGAUUGAUCCAUCUACUGGAAAGGUAGAUAUGGAUAUGAUAAUUACAGGAAGAAGUACAUUUAGAAACAAGAUGCUGGAGAGCCUGAAGGAUGCAAUCCUUCUAAUGAUGCGAGACCGAAUCGAGGUCUCUGAAAUAGUUAGGAAGACAGGUGCAAAUGAAAAGAUGGUGAAAGAGGCCCUAGAGGAGCUUGCACAGGAAGAUAAAAUAAUGACUUCUGGACACGAGUCUUGUUACGAAAGGAUAAGAGACUAG